AACAAGAAGCAGAGAGAAAGUGAGACUGGGAAAAGAGAGUGUGUGUGUGUUUUUUUGUGCGAGACCAAAGCAGGUGCUGACUUUACAUAGCAAGGAGGACGUUCCCCAGUUUUUCUUUGUUUUUUUUCUUCUUUUGAAGCCUCCUGUGAAAUGGUACAGAUGAAAGGAAAGUGCUUGUCAGCUGUUUGCUGGAGACCACUGCAUUUCCUCUUGGCUGCUGUGGAGUAGAAGAUCAGGGCUCUGUAGCCCUCCCCCUUGUGAUUGGCUGUCACACUUUAGGCUCAACCCUCCUACCCCCCUCGCUCUCCUCUCUCUUUCUCCCCUUCACCGUCCUCUGCUCCUCACACUGUCCUCAGGCAUACCUGAGCCACCGCUGAAGAAACACUGGACCCCCCCCCUCCUUCUCAUUCGCGCACUAACAUAUCCACACACUCGCAAGAGCACACACACUCUCUGUUCCACACACACAGUCUUUCACCUGGAGAGGGCAGGCGCAAGGGACGACAUGUGCAGCAGCAGCAGUAGCAGCAGCAGUCUGUCUCCACAUCCAGCACUGCCUCUCUGAGUUGCCUCUUUCCGGAGAGUGGAAGGGGGGGGGGACGACUCUGAAUUGUUUUUUUUUUUUUUUUUUUUUUUUUUUUUUUUUUUUUUGGAGCUUUUUUGUUGUUGUCUCUCGGCGAAAGCAGGAGAGACUCGGGCAAGUGGGGGGAAACACCUGCCAACCCCAGGGGAUACCAAAGGCAACACAAACCCACACAGCAUGAUUCUGGGAGGCAUUAAUCGGGCUGGGGCAGCAGUGCCGACGUUCCUGCGGACCCCCACGGUCAUCCAGCCCCACCUGGACAUGAAGCCCUUCCUACAGUUUCCUAUGGAAAGCCCACCUCCUCCACACAGCAUGAGUCUCUUCCACAACUUCAACACCAUGGACCCCGUGCAGAAGGCUGUGAUAAACCACACCUUCGGAGUACCUCUGGUCAAGACCAAGCGGCCGGUCAUCUCCUGCAACGUCUGUCAGAUCCGGUUCAACUCAGAGAGCCAGGCGGAGGCCCAUUACAAGGGGAACCGCCAUGCCAGGAGAGUCAAAGGCAUUGAAACAUCCAAGAGUCGCCCCCAGGAGGGGGACAAGCCUCACGCCCUGACCCAGACCUCAUCCCCGUCUCCACCUGGAGCCCCUGGCAUUUCCCAGGAUUGUGAUCCUGGGAAAGCAGAUGAUACACGACCUCUGUCGCAGUUAAGCGAGCCCCUUCUGGCUUCAGGGCCCCUUCCCUCACUACCCAAUCCCCCCACCCCGCCCAUGGAUUCCCCAAUGACGUCAGUGUGCCCACUUCUUCCAACUCAGACUCCCCCCCUGAUCCCCCCGACCAGCUCCUCCCCCGGCUGCGGCAGUGCCAGCUCAGACCAGCCCGGGUCUGGACCGCCAGCUUCAGGAGUGUCAGCCGCCCCGGCUUCCAGCAGCCCGUCCAACCCGGAGACGGAGGAAGACAAGGCCAAAAAGCUGCUGUACUGCUCACUGUGCAAGGUGGCUGUCAACUCACUCUCACAGCUGGAAGCCCACAACAAAGGCACUAAACACAAAACCAUACUGGAGGCACGAAGCGGGCUUGGUCCUAUUAAGGCGUACCCUCGCCUGGGUCCAAAGCCCAUUGGAGAGCAGGGAGGGGGGCCAGUGGACCCCAACACUCAGGAACGAACCUUCCACUGUGAGAUUUGCAACGUGCGGGUGAACUCUGAACUGCAACUCAAACAGCACAUAUCAAGCCGGCGGCACCGGGACGGCAUGGCAGGAAAGCCUAACCCCCUCCUCAGCCGACAUAAGAAGCACAGGGGGGCGGAUCUGACGUCUUCUUUGACCUUCUCCAAGGAUCUCACCAAAGCUUUGGGUGCGGGGCUGUUGCCCAACCCGUUGGCCGUCGCCGCAGCCAUGGCCGCGGCUGCAUCCUCGAACCCGCUGGCUCUCCGCGCAGCUGCCCCUGGCCCUCACCCCCACCACCACCACCACCACCACCUCUUGCAAGGCCCACCUCUCAGCCACGCCAUCUUGAGACCCGCCCCUGGGCCCAUCCGCACCACCCAUGGGCCGAUCCUCUUCUCUCCUUACUGACACAUCGUCCUGUGACUUCAUCCCGUCAGAAACAUCCACUCCAAAAGCACACUGUGAAGAUAGAAAAAAAAAAAAAAGAUCAACAAACAGCAAUUGUUAAGGGGGGAAACAUCCAGUAGUUUAAAUGUCUGAUAGAAUAGCAAGGGAAAGGAACAGUGGGAAGGAGUACAAGUAUUAUGUGUCUCUUUUUCCCUUUACCUAAAACUCUCCGCUCACUCGCCUUCUUUUUCAAAGGACUUCUGAUGGCUCUGUAGAAAAGAUGAGUGAAGGAGAGGAUUCAUUAUGCAUCGUACUCUCUUGUACAUUUCCCAUUUCCCCUAGUCCUUCCCUUGCACUGUGGCCAAAACGAGGCCACCUCAAUAUAGAAAAAAAAACAAAGCAAAACAAAAAACUGCGCAAAUCUUUCUAGAAAUGUCAAACCAUGCAUAGUGUUAUCAUUACUAUUCUGGCGCAGGGGUUGUUUCUCCCUGUUGUUACGGCUCGACUUCUUCUCGCCACCCUAUGCACCUCCGGAACCAGGACAAUAGUGUUGCGUCAGUAGGGUAGCUGCUUCCUUCGGUCUUCGCUGUAUCCGCCGCGGCUCGCUGUGACGCUCUCCACAGUGCUGUGCGCUGUCCUUCUCUGCAGCCAGCAGUUCUUCCAUUUGUGACACUAGGUCCUCACUAGAUGCAACAUGACUUUGUCUGACAGGCCGGCGGUACUCACAGCCGAACACAUCAGACGGAGAAGGUUAGGAGAACAGAAGAGCGACUGUAGGGGAUCGCAGCCUAACCGCCCCUUGUCAUAGCCAGAGAAGGUGAGGUGAGAGGAGGGUCAGCGCGGGUCAGCGGAUGGAUUGACCACAGGAAGCAUGCAGACGCACACACACAAACACACAUAUAGUCCAGAACAAAUCUGUGUUUUAAAAUAGGUCGCACCGACUAACACUGCUGCAGGGCAUGUCUGCCAGCUUUCAUAACGGUCAGAAAACGAAGAAGACGAAAGGGGAGGGCGGGAACAGCUGGAGUCAAGCUUGUGAACAUGCCGCACUGCUGUUUUUAACACACGACAGGCCUGUACAGCUCAUAAUGUGUUCAAGGAAAGGAUGUUCUAUAGCGUUGUGGUUUAUGGUCCUGAAAAGAGCACAGGUUAUAGUUGGCGUUCUCUUUUCCGUUUACAUCAUCACCCACCGCGCUCUUUCCUCUCAGGCUGAAUUACUGUGUAGGUGGUCAGGUAUGACUUAAACCUGACCUCGUGUUCGGAUCUAUUUAUGUUGUUCCUGCAUGCGUCCUUACAAUAAGGCUCUUCAGGGACAAACUUUAGCAUCACUGGGUUGAACCCUUUCAUUCCUGCGUAGUCCUCCUCCUCCUCCUCCUCACCUGGCUGAUACCCAAAGGUUUGUUUGUUCGGGUCAAUAAAAAAAAAAAAAAAAAAAAAGUGCGUCUAUCGACAGACAAUAAACUGAAAGGGAACCGGAUGAAAAGCAUGCUUUCUUAGUUUAAGAUGAUCUUGAGCUGGAGUCAUACGAAACAUUAAAGGUGCCCAGAAGCAGAAGCCCAGGCGUCCAGCUCGAGGCAACUAUCGGUACUUCCUGUCUUACAAAUGAAAGCCAUGACACGCACCAUGAUUUGUUUUCUUUUACAAAGACUGGUGAGCACUUUGUUUUAUCUCGGUUUGGACUGUUGCUAUGUGUUUAUACUGCACAUGAAAAAAUGAGCAAAAUCGGGGUGGAAAAAAAAACAAAACAAAAAAACACAUAUAAUAUUUUUGUAGGUAGGAAACGUUUAUCAAUUCAUCCAUGAGAAGGAAGUGAAUUAAAGGGGUUGGAAUUAUUUUGGUGGAUAUCAUAAACGAGCCUGACACACUUGUGCGUUCCAUUUGUUCUCGGAAGUUGGAAGAUCUGACUUAUAAGUCAUCAUUUUGAAUUAGCAAUAAUUGUUAGAUAGUAUCUCAUAAUUAUGACUGAACUAUCUCAUAAUCACAGGACGACAUUCAUUUCUUCCCUCUCAGUGUUGGAAUUGGGCUUCAACAGAAAUGUCUGGAAUGUCAGAAUGUCCUCUUUAGUCCGAUUUUGGAAAGUCGGUGUAUUCAUCCCAUUAAUCAUAACUUGUGCAAAUUGUUUAUUUGCAUUUCUGACAGUAAUCUCAUUUAACCGGUGGCACAUAACACUGUAACAAACAUCUUUUAGUGACUGAAUGAAAAAAAAUGUAAAAACAAAUAUAUCACUAUUGGCUUCCACUGGCAGCGCCACACACAGUAACUAGUGCCAAAACAUUUGCAAAUUUUCUGACUUGCGGCUUUGAAGCAUUUUCUUCACACUUGGAGGUAUGAAGAAAUGUUGCAUUAUAAAUAUAAAUAUAAGGGGUCAAUUCUCAACAACAUAAAGUGAUGACUUUCAUCUGCGUCAUUCAGCAGCAGCAGGUUAUAGGUUGGAUAUGUCAUAUCCUGUCAUAUCCUCACAUGGCUAUGAAAAUAGCUUAUACAACUGCAACUCUUUGGCAUAAAUCAGAAAUACUGCUGCAAGCCUCAAGUACCAGUAUGAGUAUCUCGAUUUUAGUUGGAUAAACUGGUUUUCCAACUUUUAGCAGUGUUAUUCCCGACUCAGCUACGACGCUAUUCCCAGAUCAGAGCUCCGACUUCCGAGGCAACUGGAAUAGAGAAUUACAAAUAGGAUGAGGAGCCAGAUAAAGCUAGCUUAGCAACAAGUGGCUCCUGCUCGACAGCGUGAAACUGAAACCCCGUUUUUUGAACAAGAUGUACACUGUGCCCUAUCAUUGAGAAACAAUGAGCUCUAAUGUCUUACCUUUGUCUGAAUAUUGCAAUGCAAUGAGCAAUUUAUAUCAAAGUGACUUGUUAUCAUUGUUACGUCAAUGUCUGGAGUUGUUUAGAGUGGGAGCAUGCCAGAUCACAGACCUUUUCUUUUCCUUCCAUAAGAAUCUUGGACCCUCAAUGGUACAAGGGAGGAGUAGCAAAAGACGGAUGCAUAGCUCAGCACAGAGACCGACCCUUCAUAUUAAAGGGCCUUUAAACUAUGGGAAUCUCUGUUUGGGGAACAGGGUACAACACCAGGUGUAAAAGGAUUUCAGCUCGACGAUCUGUUCAACAGGCUGUGUUUUUUUCUUUUUUUUUAAUUUGGAUUCCCUACAUUGCAUUUUUCUUUUCCAAUGUUGUGAGUAGUGUACCCAAGUGAAAACGCAGAGGAAUAUUAUUAAUGCCAUUACUUAAAGAAGAAGUUGUCUCAGUGUCAGCUUCCACCAUUGUGCUCUUUUUGUUGUGGAAAGUAAUCUUUGAGUUCAUUUUGUGAGUGAGAUGCUGUUCCAAGACUUGUGCUUGCCUUCCUGUUGGUGUGUGUACCAUGUAUAUUCAAGUGUGUGAUGGGAUCUCCUCACUCCUCACCCUCCACCGGUAGCGUGCGGACGUGACCUGGAGCUAAAAAGUGCCCUGACUUUAGUGACGGAGACAAAGAUCCUGUUUGAUUUGAGGAGAUUGAUGAAUCGGAAAAGGAUUUUCAUCAUGGGAGCUGAUCUUGUAACUGGGCUAUUUCAAAGUGUUUGCAUCCCUGUUAGGCCAGUCAUUCUAGUAGCAUGACUGAAAUGUUCAAAUUGUCCUAGAUAUGUUCUCAAAGUGGAAACAGCCAUUAAAAAUCAUCCUCAUUUUUCACAUUCGGGGAAAUAAAUAGCCGAUUCCCAUUUUCUGGACUUCAUGUUAGCUGUGUUUAGGCUCCUAGCCUUAGCCUUAUUCUGCCCUCAGUCUCUCUCCGAGCAGAACCAGAGAACGAGAGAGCCCGAGAGGCUUUGGUGUAAUUUUGUCUUGCCAAUAAAAUUAUUUUUGAACUUCAUUAUCAGAGGGACAAAGAGUUUGUAUGGCAAACUGUAGCAAUACCUGACUCAUUCUGGCUACUCUUGUUUAUUGCAAUAAGAAAAUGAAACAAUAAAUGUGUAUGUGACUAAAACAUAAAUGUAAUUUAAAUAAUAAUAAUUAAAAAAAACUUUAUGGAAAAUAUUGAUAUCAAGCAAAACUAUUGUGGAAAAAAGUAAAUGUCAAUAAAUCAUGAAAUGAUA